GCCCAGCCCAGUUACUAUUUUCAUCUCAAUUCAAUUUUGAUUACAAUGGAGAUAACCCUAGCCUUCGACGUUGUUUUCGCAGCUACCUCUCCGUCGACAUCUCCGUUGUUGUUGGUUCUAGUUCUUCGCCGUUGUGGAGUGUCUUCAUCGCCAUUUUCGCUCCCUCCAUUGGUUCUCUCCUCUUGUAUCUGAGUCGCUGCUACCUCUCCGAAACCUAUCCCUGUCGUUAUCCGAAUUCCUGUCAGAAGCUGAAGCUGAAGUAGAGAAGUUGUGGCGGAGGAGGUGGGAAAAAGGUUGUUGUAUUGUUGUGUGGCGGUGAUGAGAGUGUGGGGUAUAGGACGAUGGCGGAAGAAGAAACCACCGGCGACUGUGACUGUGCGUGGCAGAGACGAUCUGCUCAAUCUGAUGAAAAUCAACUUCACCCCAUACCAUUUUGCUUAGGUAGAACUACUACCUCAACAACUACUUAUGUAGUUGAAAAUUUUAACCCAAACAAUAAUAAGUCUGUUAUAAACUACACUUAUGAUACUCAGGCUUUUACUAGGGCAUGGCAGAAAGCAUGCUCUACCAAAGGAAGAGUAAUUUUGGUGGUUCCAAAAGAGAAAAAGUAUCACCUCAAGCCUAUAAAAUUCGGUGGUCCAUGCCAAUUCGAGCAACUUAAUUUUGAAAUUCUUGGAACAAUAGUUGCAUCUAAUGAGCAAUCAGAUUAUGGUGAAUAUGGUAGUCGAUGGCUCAUUUUUGACAAUGUCAAAAAUUUACUAGUCCAAGGUGGUGGUACCUUAGAUGGCUAUGGUGAUAUAUGGUGGAACAAACCAUGCAAAAUGAACAAAUCUCAACUGUGUAAACAAGCGCCAACGGCUAUAACUUUUCAUAAUUGUGAGAAUUUGGUAGUGAGAAACUUAAAAGUACGAAAUGCACAACAAACACAUAUAUCAUUUAAUCAUUGUAGAAACGUUAAAGCUUCACAUCUAACAAUAAGUGCAUCAGAAAAUAGUCCCAGUACUAAUGGAAUAUAUGUUUCACAUACUGAAGAUAUUAACAUCUCACAUUCUGUUAUUGGAACUGGUCAGUAUACAUUUUUAUUUAUAUUAUUAUUAUUAAAUUUAAUUUUAUUAUUUAUUUUUAUUGCGAUUCAGUUUAAAUAUGAGAAAAACUAUAUUAUAAAUUCUUCAGGUGCGGACUGCAUCUCAAUUAAGAGUGGAACUAAAAAAGUAAGAGCUUCAGAUAUAACUUGUGGACCAGGUUAUGGGAUAAGCAUUGGAGACUUGGGUUCGGGAAACUCUGAAGCUCAUGUUACAGACGUGAUUGUAGAUAGAGCUAAUUUUUAUGAAACUAAAUUUGGAGUUAGAAUAAAAACUGUUCAGGGUGGUUCAGGAAGUGCAAGCAAUAUCAGAUUUAAAAAUAUUCAAAUGAAUAAUGUUGAGAACCCCAUUGUAAUAGAACAAAACUACUGUGACCAAAGUAAAAAGCUUUGCAAACAACAGGGCUCAUCAUCAUCGGCAGUUCAAGUUAGUAAAGUGUCUUUUGAAAACAUUAAGGGUACAAGUGUAACCAAAGAAGCUAUUAAAUUGGACUGCAGUGAGAGUUUUCCUUGCAAAGACAUUAAAAUGGAAAAUGUUCACUUCACAUACUAUAAAAACCAAGGCCAUACCAAAGCUGUGUGCCAAAAUGUCGAAUUCACUCGUUUUAGAGAUAUUAUUCCAAGCUGUGAUUCUGAUACCAUUGACCACCGAAAGCCUCAGCCACAGACACAGCCAAAGCCUCAACUGAAGCCUCAACCUCAACCGCCUCAGCCUAAGCCUCAGCCUAAGCCUAAGCCUCGAUCUCAACCAAAGCCAAGGCCUGUGCCAGUUCAAAAACGAGGAGUUAUUAAUGUUGAUGAUUUUGGAGCAAAAGGAAGGGGCCAAGAUGACACGAUGGCAUUUGAGAAGGCAUGGCAGAAGGCUUGUUCAUCUAAUGUUCCUAUUGUACUAGUGGUGCCUUCUCAAAACACCUAUCUUGUUAAGCCAAUUGUGUUCCGCGGUCCAUGCAAAUCCAAAGUUACAGUUCAGAUUGAUGGGACUAUAGAAGCACCCUCCGAUCCAUCAGACUACAAUGGACACGAAAGCAACUGGCUUAUGUUUGAAAAUAUUAAUGAUUUAGUAGUCCAAGGUGGUGGAACCAUUAACGGUAAUGGAAAUUCUUGGUGGAAGCUCUCCUGCAACAUUGAUACAUCACUCCCAUGCAAGCCAGCACCAACCGGUUUAACUUUUUCAAAUUGUAACAACUUGGUGGUGAGAGAUUUACAUGUAAAAGACUGCCAACAAAUGCAAGUCAUGUUUGUGAAUUGCAACACAGUCAUGGCUUUCAAUCUCACAGUCACUGCACCAGGCGAUAGUCCCAACACUGAUGGAAUCCAUGUAACACGUUGUGAGAACGUGGACAUCUCUAACUCUGUCAUUGGAACAGGUGAUGAUUGCAUAUCUAUUGUGAGUGGAUCCCGAAAUGUUACAGCCACAGACAUAACCUGUGGACCUGGUCACGGAAUCAGUAUUGGAAGUUUGGGAGCUGGACAUGCAGAAGCUCAUGUUUCUGAUAUAUUCGUCCGCAGAGCUAAAUUUUACGAAACCACUAAUGGAGUUCGAAUUAAAACUUGGCAGGGAGGUAGAGGAGAUGCAAGGAAUAUUAAAUUCCAAGACAUAGAGAUGCAUAAUGUGCAGAACCCAAUCAUAAUCGAUCAAAAUUAUUGUGAUCGCCGUAGAAUGGUCUGCAAACAAGAGGAAUCUACGGUUCAAGUGAGUGAUGUGUUGUACCAAAACAUUAAAGGUACAAGUGCCACUCAAGUUGCCAUAAUGUUCGAUUGUAGUCAGAGUCAUGAAUGUGAAAAUAUUAUAUUACAAGAUGUCGAGCUACAACUACCCCAACAUAGAGCACAUGCUGAAGCUUUGUGCAACAAUGUGGACCUCACUCAUAUUGGACGUGUUACUCCUCUGUGUCCAAAUUAGGAUUAUUAGUCAUUAAUUUUAUUUUUUUAUUCGUUUGUAUCUUAGUUUUCAUUUGGUUCUUUAUUUUUGAACACAUGAUCGAACUAAUACCAAAAUGAACUUGUGUAACUAUUUUUUGUUAAAUGUUAAUAUCAGUUAUGAUCCCUAAACUAUAAAA